AUGGUCCCACCUCGAUUCCAACCGCCGUCUCCACCGCACCGCUUGCGAGAGCGGCCGCUUGCGCAACGUUGCCUGAAACUGUCUUCGUUUCGACUAAUCUCUUCGAACUCGACUCUUCGACUCGGUAUCGAUGAUGUCUUCAUUAUGCUCGCCGCUUGGCAUCGUACGGAAAAGAGUCUCGACAUUCCAAGACGAGUGGCUGAAAUGGUUCAAGUGUCUGGCUGCUCAAUGACUGUGACCUCUAUUACCAACCUUAUUUCCUUUGGUAAUGGUGUUCUUUCAAGUACUCCUGUUCUGCAGACUUUCGCCAUUUACUCUGUGGUAGCCAGCAUAAUAUGUUACUUGUACCAGCUGAUUUUGUUCCCAGCCAUACUAACCUUAACUGCUCACAACGAAUACAAAAAAGUUGAUGACGAGUGCAGUAGCACCUGUCUACCGGAAGAGCUCACUCCGAUCAAGCAUGCUGGUGUAUUUCAUGACCGUGCUUGGAAAUAUAUGGCUCGUGUAGUGGGUAAACCAUGGAUGCGUAUACUGACAAUUCUGGUUCUCAUCGUUUACUGGAGUGUCACAUACUACGGUAUCUCAAUUGUGGAAACUGAUCUGUCAGUGCAGAAACUUGCUCCUCCAGACGCACGGAUAGUAAAGUUCAAGAUACGGUACGACCAAGCAAUCAAGGGUAUGCAAACAUUUGCGGUAGUUGUGACAACACCUGGUGAUCUUCGAGAUGCAAACAGACUCACAGCAGUGAAGAGCAUGAUCAAGGAUUACGAAACAGCGAGCUACAGCUAUGGUCCUGCCUCAACAUUCUGUUUUCUGCAGCCUUACUUGGACUACUUGACAUUCCGUGAAGGCGAGGAAGAAGAUGAGAGCAUUCCGUUCACCUACGUUCACAUCCCGUCUUUCGUGGAAUCUGAUUCCUAUUGGAAAGCUACUCUAAGGAUUAAUGAGACUGCAUGCAUGAUCAAUGAACCAACAUGUAUACAAUCAUUCCUCUUUACUACUGGUUUCACUUCUCUCGUGAGAUAUAACGAGAUGUUUCCACUCAUACAGGAAUGGCGUGGAAUUAGCAGGAAGUAUCCUGAACUUGGCGUUUACGCUUAUACAGAACGAAGCACUUUUGCUGAUCAGACGGAUGCCCUCGGUGAUGUUAUAUGGCAAACACUAUACUCCGAGGUGAUCUGUAUGGGAUUGUCUUUUAUUAUCUUCAUCCCCGAUGUAGUCUCGAUUGUUGCUGCGAUGUUCAGCCUCCUCAGCGUAAAUCUGGGCGUGUUUGGAUUCCUUUCAUUGUGGGGUGUAGGCAUAGACCCGGUAUCAAUGGCAGCUCUUUUAAUGUCUAUCGGCUUCAGCGUUGAUAUCUCUGCCCAUAUCAGUUAUCACUACUACCAAGUGAAAGCACAGACUCCUCUGGAAAAACUUGAAGAUGCUUUUCUAAAUAUUGGUUGGCCAACGAUGCAAGGAGGAUUGAGCACGAUGUUUGCUAUGAUGCCCGUUCUUAUCAAACCCUGCUAUCUAGGAAUGGUGUUUCUAAAGACGGUUGCACUCGUGACAGUAUUCGGCCUCGUUCAUGGGCUCAUUGUACUUCCUGUGUUUCUUUCGAUGCUUACAGCUCUCCGACAAAAGUGUUCACGAAACACUAUUGCACCAGCUGACAAUGAUGGGUCAGAAAGUGGUGGGAGCACCUGUUCCGUUCAACCUCACCGUAUAUCCAUCAAAAGCUUCACUGCUUACAAAGCUGACCAUUAA